GCGGCGCGGGCAGCGGAGCAGUAAAGAUGGCCGCGCGCGGGUCUCCGCCCUCCGCUCCCGGCUGAGACGCUUGGCGGCGGCUGCGGCGGCGGCCCGCAGCAGCGGCGGCGAUGGCGGAGAUGGAGCACCUGGGCGGGAAGCGGGCCGAGUCGGCGCGGGCACGGCGGGCCGAGCAGCUGCGGCGCUGGCGGGGCUCGCUGACGGAGCAAGAGCCCGCCGACCGGCCGGGCGCGGAGCUGCCGCCGCAGGCUCAGCGCGGGGGCCCGCGGGUCCGCUUCGAGGACGGCGCUGUGUUCCUGGCCGCCUGCUCUAGCGGGGACACCGACGAGGUGAGGCGGCUCCUGGCCCGGGGCGCCGACGUGGACACGGCCAACGUGGACGGCCUGACCGCCCUGCACCAGGCUUGUAUUGAUGAAAAUGUGGACAUGGUGAAGUUCCUGGUGGAGAACGGAGCCAGUGUGAACCAGCAGGACAGCGAGGGCUGGACGCCCCUCCACGCAGCAGCGUCCUGUGGCCACCUCAACAUCGCGGAGUAUUUCAUUAACCAUGGAGCUAGCGUGGGUGUUGUGAACAGUGAAGGGGAAGUCCCCUCGGACCUCGCAGAAGAGCCUGCCAUGAAGGAUCUUCUUCUGCAGCAAGUGAAGAAGCAAGGGGUCGAUCUCGAGCAGUCGAGGAAGGCAGAGGAACAGCAGAUGCUGCAGGACGCCCGCCAGUGGCUCAACAGCGGGAAAAUACAGGAUGUGAGGCAGGCGCGCUCAGGGGCCACUGCCCUCCACGUGGCUGCCGCCAAGGGCUACUAUGAGGUCCUCAGACUUUUGACUCAGGCUGGCUAUGAGCUCAAUGUCCAGGACCGCGACGGCUGGACCCCGCUCCAUGCCGCCGCACACUGGGGGGUGAAGGAGGCGUGCUCCAUCCUGGCAGAAGCCCUCUGUGACAUGGACGUCAGGAGCAAACUGGGCCAGACACCGUUUGAUGUGGCUGACGAGGGCCUCGUGGAGCACCUGGAGAUGCUGCAGAAGAAGCAGAGCGUGCUUCGAAGUGAAAAAGAGACACGGAAUAAGCUCAUUGAGUCGGACCUGAACAGCAAGUUGCACGGUAGACUCUUUAAGAACAAAGAGAAGAUGCUCUAUGAGGAGGAGACACCAAAGCCCCAAGAAAUGGAGGAUGAAAACAAAGAAUCCAGCAGCUCCAGCUCAGACGAGGACGAAGGUGAAGAUGAGGCUUCUGAGUCAGAAACUGAGAAGGAGGCGGGUGAUGCCGAGACCCUCUGUCUGCAGAGCACGGGGGGUCACUGCUUGUCACAAGAUAAAAAGCCGGGAGCCAUCGUCAACCGUUCCAACUCCGAAAGCAAGAGUAGUGCCGCCGAGCAGACACCAGCACCAGCGCAGAUCAUCUCCUCCACCUCUUCAGCCAGGAGAUUCUCCGGCCUUUUCAACAAGCCGGAAGAGCCCAGAGAUGAGUCUCCGUCUUCGUGGAGGCUGGGCCUCAGGAAGACCGGCAGCCAGAACGUGCUGGGCGAGGCGGCCAGGUCCAGGGAGGCCCUGCGGGACCGGGGCGCGUCCAUCCACCGCUCGGCCUCCAGCCCCCGCAUCUCCACUGUGCUGGACACCAGAGAAAAGGAGCGAGAAAGCAGAAGCUCUUUCAGCGCACUGGGGCCGCGGAGGCUGAGCGCCGCCAGCGACCUGGAGGAGAAGGAGAACAGAGAGUCGGCUGCUCACCUGGUGCGGAGUGGCCCCCCCGCCCGCCAGCUGCGGAGGGACGGAGCGGAGGGGAGUGAAUCUCUGCAGACAGCCGCCCCUUCCACCUACGUGACAACCUACCUGAAAAGGCCUCCUUACAAAUCCCAGGCUGACUCCGCAGCGGAGAGAACAGUAGACGGUGUCUCUUGCGGCACCCCGCUCUGUGUGAUCACGAAUCGCCCCCCACCUAGCACUGCCAAUGGGGUUACAGCUGCCGCUCUGCUCUCCACUCCUGGAACGGACUCCUCUGUGGAAGCCAGGGAGAGGAGGAGGUCGUAUCUGACUCCUGUACGGGACGAGGAAGCAGAGUCGUUACGGAAAGCGCGCUCCAGACAGGCUCGGCAGACUCGCAGGUCUACCCAAGGUGUAACCCUGACGGAUCUCCAGGAAGCAGAAAGGACGUUCAGCCGGUCGAGGGCAGAGCGUCAGGCUCAGGAACAGCCCAGCCCGAAGCCCGUGGGCCCCAGAGGGCUCGACGGCAGCGCCCAGAAGCAUGAGCCCCUGGCAGCCCCUGCAGAGGAAGCUGGGGAGAGCCGCCAGCCCUGGGACCGGAGUCUGGAGGAUCAGCCUGUGUAUCGUCGCCUGAGGAUUCCGGCUCAGCCAGACAAACCCAUGACACCAGUGUCACCUCCUGCCCCGAGACCCUCCCUCUACACCAGUUCCUACCUGCUCCGGACGGGUAGGUCUUCAGCCCCUGAUUCAGAGAGUUCAGAGCCCCCCGCCAGCCCUGCAGGGGCAAAGGAAAUGGACAAAAACGAGGGCGAAGAAGCAGAUUUGGGUGAUCAGUCGUCUAACAGGCUGUCCAUUCGUGAGAGGAGGCGGCCCAAGGAGCGACGAAGAGGCACAGGCAUCAACUUCUGGACGAAGGAUGAAGAUGAAACUGAUGUCUCGGAAGAGGUGAAAGCAGCAUGGGUCUUUACCUUCUGAGGAGAAAGUCUGAGAUGGUGGGUUCCCGGUCUGUCCCUUAUCGGCGUUUCUCACCUGAGCCGUCCCUUCCUACCUCCCAGGGACCUACAGGCACGGCUGGACGCAGGCAGUCGCUUGCCACGUGAGAAGUGCAGCUCUUUGUAGGCUCUGACCACAGCCGAGUUGGCGCCUGAGGCUCACAGGUUCUUAGGAGGGUGCCUGUCCAAAGGUCGUUGCUUGCUGUCAGUCACUCUAACGGCUGGUUAUCAUUUGAAUUCCUCAGGAGUAGAUUCUGGAAUUUAUUGUCUUUUGCCUUGUUAACUUUCAGUCUGCAGAAUAUAUGCAGGAAGAAUUGCGGGCGGGGGGGUGGAUUUGCAGAGGGGUUGACAUAAAUCUUCAAAGCUUUGACCCUGCUUUUACUUGAAAUGAUAUUUAAAAGGAGUGGAUUUUUAGAAAGAAGCUAAUGAAAUUUUGAUCCUUCAACAAUUUUAGGGAAAAAAGUGAUGAAAGCUGACAGUAAUCUGUCACAGUAAAGACUCCUAUCAGAUGUGGGAACUGAUGAUAGGUUAGCACAAUUAAUUUUGUGCCAAGUAAGCAAAACCAGACCUUCUCUUGAGAAUACGGGUCUACCUAACGUGUGCCUGUUGUCCAAGAAGUCUCUUGGGUCACUGGUGACCUUUGGUGCUCAGGAAUAAAACAGUGAAAUACCGUUCGGGCAACUGCGAGAUUAUUUCUGGCGUGCUUGACUCGGAGCUCUGGGCAGGCUUGGGUACUGGCGCCCAGCGAGCUGAGCGGUUCUCAGUGACGACGGGUGAAGGUAACAGGUAGAGCUUCUGCCGUCGUCGUCCUCAAGCUGGUCAGGAAGAACCAGUGCGGUCAUUUGUUUAGGACAUGGAUUUUCGAGCCUCUCCCCGCGUGAUUCCGAAUUGGUGGAGGGUGGAAAGCCUGGGAGCCUGCAUCAUACAAGCCUCCAGGGGAAUCCCAACGGGCAGGUUUCACAGACACUGUCCUCGAGGUACGUGAACGUUUAGGGGUUGCUAGCAUCCCAGGGAGGCCGUCAUAAAGCCUAGGACUCCCUGGGGCACAGCUCAGAGCCAGCCUCCACUCCUUGCCUCCCUGCAGAAGGCACGCACUGAUUGGGUGCCCGCCAUGUGUCGGGCUGCACGCCUCGGGGAUGCAGGAGUAUGACAGCAGGCAUGCUCACAUCCUGAGGGGCAGGAGCCGGUCCUGUUAGACGCCCCCAUCGAGACACCUAACAGGCCAUUGAACCGAGGAACCUGGUGGUUGUGGAAGACGUGCGACGGAUCUGGAGUCACUGCCUUAGGACGGGGAUUUAGUGCCCGAGGACUGGGUGAGACUGCUCAGGAAAAGGGCACAGUUAGCACAAAAGGGCCUGUGGCUACGUUCCAGAUUAUUCCAGGGCUGGCCCUGGACAAGACCCAGAGUAUUUCUCCGAUUGUAAUGGAAGAACGUGUACAGAUAAGUUGGUGGAUCUCAUGGUGGGAAAACGAAGUAGCUCUGAUCUGCCUUUUUGUCACAUACACACUUUAUAUGUACAGAGCAAUCAGAGCCUGUUAGAAUCCAGAUGAAAGAUAACGAAAUAGGUCUCUAGUGCUUCGCGUGGACUGAACGGGAGAAGUCGGCAGGACUCACUGUCUUCCUGGCUGUGGGGCGGGAGCAUCGCGGGAGUGUGGGGCGGCUGGGAAGAUGCAGGGGCGGGGGAGACGGUGCUGGCUUUGGAGCCAGAGACCUACGUUCAGAGCCAGUUCCACCUCUUAUUGGCUGUAUGGCCUUGGAAAAGUCGUUUAACUUCUCGGAACUCUGACAGUGCUUUAAUCUGCAAAAUGAGAUCACUGUUCCUGUCUCACAGGCUUAAUGUAAGGAACAGCAGUACAAAUGUUUUUUACUUUAGGUAGUGCCAAGCUUUUAAUAAAUGAAAGCUACUAGUAUAAUGGUCCUACACGUGUCUCCUUCCCCCCGCCUUUGAGCUGCUUUAUUCCCGUUCCUUGGAAUGCUCUUCUUGCUUUAUUGCCUCUUUCUCCGACUCCCCCUCCCUUUUUAGUGCACAUUCAUGUUUUAGGCUAAGCUCCACCUCCUCCAAGAAGCCUUCCUUUGAUCCCUCCUCCGACCGGACUAGAGUCUUCUCAGUAUCUUGAAUUUACCUUUAAUACACGGUGAUUAUCAUUAUUAGAUUGUAUUUGCCAAUUAAAGUAAAAUCCUUAAAGUUGUGGUCUGUUUCUUCUUCAUUAUUUUACCCUCAAGAUCUAGUGUUUAGGUAUGUUUUCUCUGAAAACUUGUAGAACAGCUCAGUUGGUGUCGUUCACAUUUCUGACUUGGUGACUGUGUGUGCCGCGUGCUGGAGUGAGGCUGGGAAUUCGGGAGGAAGAGCGUGUUUGGGGCGCAGGUGACGAUUUUGCUUUCGGUCGUGCUGAGCUGGAAGGGAAGCGUCCCACACGCGACUGGAUGUGUGGGCUGAGUGUGGGGAGGUGCGGGGCUGGGGGAAGCGAGGGCGCCCAUCACAUAGGCCGUCUCUUCAGACGCGCUGCCGCCUGUGGAGCCGCCUGUGAGUGCUGAGUGACCACAGCCAGCGCGGUGAGCAUGGUGGCGCUGGCCACGGCGCUGCAGCAGCUGCGCUGGUGGCAGGGGCAGGGCAGGAGAUGGGCCGCUGCACGGAACAGCUUCCCCACGGGAAAUGGGAGCUCCGCUGCCAGAAGCAGGGGAGGGGAGCAAGUGCCCCCACGCCUGCCUCGGCCAUGUCACAGGACUCUGCUGCCCACAGAGGGUGCGCUCGGAGGCCCCUGGGCCUGGUGACUGGCAGGCAUUGCUGGCUCGGGAGGGCAGUUUGGGGGCGGGGGACAGGCCCUGGAGCAGCGGCAUCUGCUCUGUGACUGACUGCGUGCAGGGCGUGUGAUGAGUUUUCUGGGGUUAAUAGUGUCUGGUUCGUAGCCAUUUGCUCUGGGGGCAAAGCUCCAAAAUAGUUUGCUGAUUAAAAAAAUCUUCUACAUGCACCCCAACGUUCAUAGCACAAUAGCCACAUAAUCUUCACAAUAGCCAGGACAUGGAAACAACCUAAAUGUCCAACAACAGAGGACUGGAUAGAGAAGACGUGGUACAUAUAUACAAUGGAAUAUUACUCAGCCAUAAAAAGGCUUGAAAUGAUGCCAUUUGUAGCAACAUGGAUGCAACUAGAGAUUAUCAUACUAAGUGAAGUAAGUCAGACAAAGACAAAUACCAUAUGAUAUCACUUAUCUGUGGAAUCUAAAAUAUGACACCAAUGAACUCAUCUACAAAACAGAAACAGACUCACGGACAUAGAGAACAGACUUGUGGUUGCCAAGGGGGAGGAGUUGGUGAGGGAAGGAUUGGGAGUUUGGGAUUAGCAGAUGCAAACUAUUAUAUAUAAUAUGGAUAAGCAACAAGGUCCUACUUUAUAGCACAGGCAUGUAUAUUCAAUAUCCUGUGAUAAAACAUAAUGGAAAAGAAUGAAAAAAAAUAUAUAUGUAACUGAAUCACUUUGUUGUACACCUGAAACUAACACAACAUUGUGAAUGAAUUCUACUUCAAUUAAAAAAACAAAAUCUUCCUAAAGGCUGGAAGAGUUCAAAUAGAUCUAAUCUUCCUAUCACUUGGCCGACUGUGGUGACGGCCCGAUUUUAUGCUUCCCCCGACUGCUCCCCCAACACUCCUUACUGUGCAUUGCUGCUGUCUCCUGGCCGCCCGCUCCCACGUGGAUGUUCGGAGGGAAUGAAAAGCAGAGUGUCUCUGCCUCGGAGGAGCUCUUUCCACAGUUGACACCAGCUGUGAGGCAGGGGUUGGUUAUUGAUCCGUCGGCGGGGGGCGGCUGUCUGGCACCGUCAGGCUCCCAGCUUGUUUUCUCUGACGUGCUUCUGCCUUUUUUGUGUUUAGCUUACUCGUUUACAGGAUGCUUUCAGAGAGAAAGCCUAAUCCAGGAUUGAGAGAGUUCUGCUUACGCCACACCGAGAAGCUUUUAUAGAGCGCAGCUGUGGAGAACAGCCCUAAGAGGUUCUGGUUCAUCUAAGAGGGUUUCCUCAAAGCAGAAAGCUUCCUGCCAGCCCCCGCUUCUCCCCGUCCUCAGUUGCAUCAUCUCCCCAGAAGGGUGCCACAGGCAAAGCAGAGCCGCUAACGGUGCACCCUGGGGACGGUCAGGGGCUGGGCUGACUCCAGCCUCGCCGCCUCUGGUCCACAGCAGCGCGGUGCUCUGAGGAGCUGCUCCUGUGGUGUGUUCCGUAGCCCUUUAAAGAACUGCCUGCUGCCCUUGACUUCCUGGCAACGAUGUUGUUCCACCGCAACCUACAGCUGACCUUAAAGGGGUAAAUUUGAUUUGGAUAGUAAUGAUUAUUAGAAAACUAUUUCAACAUAGACUGGUUAAGAAAGUUAAGGAGGAGUAUGUAACCUCACUAGUAUUCAAAGCUAUAAAUGAGCAUCAGGAAGUAGGAUUUUAUUUUUCACCGACCAAAAUAGGAAAAGAUGUUGAAAAGGUAAUGGCCAGUUUAGGUGGGAGGAGAGUGAGAUGGGUCUCCUCGUAUUUCAUGUUGGGAAUGCAAAUUAAUACUUCCUUUUUGGAAAGCAAAUUGCCAAGGUAUCAAAGGCCCUGAGUUGAUCCAGAAUUUUCAUUUUUGGAAGUCUAUCUCUAGGAAAUAGUCCUGAAUAUGAAAAAGGAAAAAAAAAAAAGCUUAUGUACAGAGGUUUUAACCACAGGGUGUGUUAUAUAUAUGUGGCUCUCUAAACAUUUGUCCAUUCAGUAAAUACUCGAGUGCCUGUUAUAUGGGAGGUGUCUGUUUGGUGCUGUUGAACAGAACGAGUCCACUUAGCGAUUUAUAAUAGUGGAAAAAACGGGAACAACCUAAAUGUCCAGUAUUCUGGCGGCAGUUAAGUAAAUGAUGAUUCGCGCACACAGCGGAUGCUGUGAAUCACAGCUUGCUUUCCAUCCCCUGACGGCCAGCCCUUUAGGGUGUUUCCUUGGAACAGACUAGAGUAGGAGGCAGCCGUUUGGAAAUGAGUUGCAAAGGCAGUGUCACGCCCUGGAUAAAUGCUCAUGAUGAAGUGUCAUCGAAUGAGCUGGACCCACAGGUACACCUGUUACGUGAGCACACGUGUGAGGGUCAGAGACCGAGGACGGCCACCGUGCGUUGGCGGUGGCUGUGUUCCUGUGGUGGGACAGAGUAUGACCGACUCUUGUCUUCUCAUCUUUAUUUUCUGAAUCUUCCUUGAUGAGCCCCUGUUGCUUGUGUAAUUUUUUUUCCUAAAUGCUUUGGCAGCACAAACUUCCAGAAAGUAGAGGCUUGAAAGUGAAGCAAAGUGGAGUGUAGGCUUCUGUCACGAGCUGUAUCCCGCUCUCCGACUGUCGCCUGUUUCCGCUGCGUGGAGUACCGCGGGGGGAUCGGGGCGCAGGCAGCCAGGGGCCUCUCAGGGCCUGUGUGUUUGGGAGGCCCUCUGGGGUGUUAUCUGAACACUGCCUGGGACUGGGGGGCUGAGGGCCACCCCGUAACGUCAGGAUCAGCGUGGUUUCUGGCGCCGUGCGCUGAAAUUGAACAGCUCACAUACAGUCACAGUUCUGAGAAGCUGUGAAAUGUACCCCUGAACCCAGCUUCACUCCUCCCCCCGCCUCCCCCCGCCCCGCUCCUUCUCUCCACGUCUGCUCGUCUGCUCACCUGCUUGCGGGCCGCCGCGCCCAGGCCUGACUCGGUGGUGCUUGGGGCCUGCGUGCUCACCUCCUGGGUACAGCCGCGCCGUGCUGCCUGCUUGUGCUCCUCCGGCACUUGGAGCUGGUCAGCUGGAGAUUGACUUUCGUGUCUUCUCAGCUCUCAGGGACGGACGUGUCUGGGGCUUGGGCGGGGGGAGGUUCUGUUUUGUCUGGGCUGGCUUGCUGUGUUCUGUUUGAAGCUUAGAUUGCGUCUACACCCCGCACCAGGCACCAGCAGGUGUGCUUUGCAGAGUGGUGGUCAGACAGAGAGAUCCCUGCGUCUGGUGAGGCUCAUUCCAGGAGUGCUUGGCCCUCUCCCUUCACCUGGCAACCUACUGACUCAGCAUACUUAUACGCCAGCAAACUGUGGAGGUCUCAGAAAGCUCUUUCUGGAAGGCACUUUACAAACUGUUCUAGCCCAGCUCUCUUAUUCUAUAGAUUAAGCACCUGGGCCCCCAACGGGGCAUGGCUUCACCUGAGCUGUGCAAGGACUGGGUGUCAGAGAGUACAAGCCCUGAGCCCCCAGACCCGCUGUCCUCCUGCAGGGCUGGGUGUGCCCCCCGGCGCAGGGGCUGGCUGCCCUUGCUCCCGGGUGGGGAGAGCGCCCUCUUCUCGUGCCUGUUGACUCAAGUAUGGGAACUAGGGGUAGAGUUCAUACACGAGCUUUACAGCAGAGGCUGCUGCUGCCCCCAGCUUAGUACCUUUUUAAAGUCACCUUCCCUCCGUACCUCACAUUCUAGUAUACCCGUUAUUUCUUUCAAUCCACACAGUUUCCAAAUGGCAGGAAUAUUCCUCCACUACAGUUGAUUUUGAACUUUGGAUAUAUUUGCUAAUGUUUACAGACUGGUGAGGUUAGGGGAGCUGAACUGCUAUUAUUUCAAAAGUAAAAGCCAUUAGUGAUAAGGGUAAUUCACAAACGGAUGGUAGUCAAACUGGCAAUGGUAGAUACCAGAAGACAGGACAGUAUCUUCAAAGUGCUGUGGGAAAACAGUUAUGAACCUACAGCUCUAUGCAGUGAUUUAUUUACACACAAGUGUAAAAUAAAGGCGUUUUCAGACACACAGGGGCUAACUGCUCAACCCGCAAACCCCAACUGAUGAAAGAACUAAGGAAUGUUCUUCAGCAAAAAGAAAAAUAAAUGCAGAAAGAAGUGAAAUACAAGAAACAAAGUGUUGAAUACGGUAAUAAAGCUAUCUUUCUUUAAUGUUUAAAACACUGGAUCUAGAAUUCUAGAAAUAAUGUGGUGUUAAAGGUGUAAAACUGUCCUGUGGUUCUUGUUUUCAGCAGAAAAGAUACUGAUUAACUUUACACACUUUUAAAGAAAAAAAAAUACUUAAAUAAGUGUUAAAUUACUGUGUAGGAAUAACCACUAAAGUCAUACAGAAUUAGAAGGUACAGCUCCUAAAUCAGUAGAGGAAAAACAGGUAAGUUGAAGAUUCAUUCACUCCAUCCAAUGGAAAACAGGAAAGGGGAUGAAAAGAAGAAAAGGGGAAAAUAGGAAAUACAAAAUAAAAUGUGUAAGUAGUCAUGAUGAACAUGAAUUUACCUAUAAAGCCAGAGGCACUCAGGUUGGAUUAUUCUACUAUAAGCUCUCUUCAAAGUUGUACUUAGCAGUAAAAGAUAAAAGUAUGGGGCGGGUGGGGAGAAUAUAUGCAAAUACUCACCAAGAGGAAGCUGAUCUGGCGACAUUAAUAGCCAUCAAAGAUAAUUUUAAGGGCUUCCCUGGUGGCGCAGUGGUUGAGAGUCCGCCUGCCGAUGCAGGGGACGCGGGUUCGUGCCCCGGUCCGGGAGGAUCCCACAUGCCGCGGAGCGGCUGCGCCCGUGAGCCAUGGCCGCUGAGCCUGCACGUCCAGAGCCUGUGCUCCGCAACGGGAGAGGCCACACAGUGAGAGGCCCGCAUACCGCAAAAAAAAAAAAAAGAUAAUUUUAAGCAAAAGACAUCAAAUGACAGGAAGAUAUUUCUUGAUUGUGAAAAAGGAACAAUCCCAAAGAAGUUAUAAAGUAAUGGACUGGAGACACUGAAAAUAUAGUCUCAAGAUUUAUAAAACAAAAGCUGUCAGAAUAACACAAAGAAAUAGUAUAUCCACAAUCAGAGUUUCAGAUUUUAACACACCUCUCUCAGAAACUAUAUCAAACAGACAAAAAUAGUUAAAGGACAUAAAGGAUUUGAACGCCAUAAUUAACCAACUUGAUCCAAUAAAUACAGAGCACACAUGGCAUGUGUAUCAUGAGGACCACACUAAAUUAAAACUCAGCAUUCUCUCAUUCAUUCAUCAAAUAUUUCUUGAGUGCCCAGUGUUUGCCAUACACCGUUCUAGGCAUGUGGAGUGCAUUAGUCAACAAAACAGACAAAGAGCCUGGACUCGUGACGCUUAUCUUCUCCCGGGGUAUCAGGAGCAGGCAAGCAGUGGACAGCAGCCACAGUGAGGGAUUGGGUGGAGAGAGGACAGGCUGUAUUAUCAAAUAGGGUGUCUGAGUAAAUCUCAUUGGCAGGCUGAGAUUGGGGCAAAGAAUUGAAGAAGCUGAGUGAGUUAGCCAUAAAGCUAUCUGGAAGAAGAGUAUUCCAGGCAGAGGCAUCAGCUAGAGCAAAGGCCAUAGAAGAAGCUGGGGAGGAGAGUAAUACGAAAGAGAAUCAGAUCAUGUGGGUGUAGGGUGUUGUAGGCCUUUUUCAUUUACUCUGCAUGAAAUGAGGAGCCAUUGCAGGAAUUUGAGUAGAGGAAUGGCAUGGUCUGACUUACGUUUUAAGGUAGUCCCUCUAGCUGCUGUAUUGAGAUUAGACUUGAGACAAGAGCAGAAGCUGCCGGACCGUUACAGUAAUUCAGGCAGGAAAUGAUGGGGGCUUGGAACACAUGGUAGCAGGAUAGGAGUUGAGAGUUGAUAAGAUUCUGGACGUAAGGAAAACACGACAAUCCAAAACCUGUGGGACGCAGUAAAAACAGUUCUAAGAGGAAAGUUUAUAGCAAUGCAAGCCUGCCUCAGGAAACAAAUAUCUCAGAUAAACAACCCUAACCUAAAGGAGCUAGAAAAAGAACAAAGCCCAAAGUUAGUAGAAGGAAAGAAAUCAUAAAGAUCAGAGCAGAAAUAAAAUGAAAUAGAGACCAAAAAAAAAAAAAAAAGAAAGAAAAGAUCAGUGAAAUUAAGAACUAAUUCUUUGAAAAGAUAAACAAAAUUUAUAAACCUUUAACCAGACUCAUGAAGAAAAAAACAGGGCCUAAAUCAAUAAAAUCAGAAAUGAAAAAGGAGAAGUUACAGCUGACACCACAGAAAUACAAAGGAUCCUAAGAGACUGCUACGAACAACUAUAUACCAAUAAAAGAGACAACCUGGAAGAAAUGGAAAAAUUCCUAGAAAUGUUCAAACUCCUAAGACUGAAUUAAAAAGAAGUAGAAAAUAUGAACAGACCAAUUACCAGUAAUGAAAUUGAAUCACUUAUUUUAUUUUUUUUAUUGGAGUAUAAUUGCUUUACAAUGUUGAGUUAGUUUCUGCUGUACAGUGAAGUGAAUCAGCUCUAUAUAUACAUCUAUCCCUCCCUCUUGGACCUCCCCCCACCCAUCCCACCCACCUAGGUCUUCACAGAGCACCAAUCUGAGCUCCCUGUGCUAUGCAGCAGGUUCCCACUAGCUAUCUGUCUUACAUAUGGUAGUGUAUUUAUGUCAAAACUAAUCUUCCAAUUCAUCCCACCCUCCCCUUCCCCCUUCCCUCCACACGUCCGUUCUCUACGUCCGUGUUUCUAUUCCUCCCCUGAAGAUAUGUUCAUCUGUACCAUUUUCCUACAUUCCACAUAUAUGCGUUAGUAUACGAUAUUUGUUUUUCUCUUUCUGACUUCACUCUGUAUGACAGAGUCUAGGUCCAUCCACGUCUCUACAAAUGACCCAAAUUCAUUUAUUUUUAUGGCUGAGUAAUACUCCAUUAUAUGUACCACAUCUUCUUUAUCCAUUCAUCUGUUGAUGGACAUUUAGGUUGUUUCCAUGUCCUGGCUAUUGUGAACAGUGCUGCAAUGAACAUUGGGGUACAUGUGUCUUUUUGAAUUAUGGUUUUCUCAGGGUAUAUGCCCAGUAGUGGGAUAGCUGGAUCAUAUGGUAGUUCUAGUCUUAGUUUUUUAAGGAAUCUCCAUACUCUUCUCCAUAGUGGCUGUAUCAGUUUACCCACCAACAGCCCAAGAGGGUUCCCUUUUCUCCACACCCUCUCUAGCAUUUAUUGUUUGUAGAUUUUUUGAUGAUGGCCAUUCUGACCGGUGUGGGGUGAUACGUCAUUGUAGUUUUGAUUUGCAUUUCUCUAAUAGUUAGUGAUGUUGAGCGUCUUUUCAUGUGCCUCUUGGCCAUCUGUAUGUCUUCCUUGGUGAAAUGUCUGUUUAGGUCUCCCGCCCAUAUUUUGAUGGGGUUGUUUGGGUUUUUUUGAUACUGAGCUGCAUGAGCUUUUUGUAUAUUUUGACCAAUCCUUUGUCCAUUGCUUCGUUAGCAAAUAUUUUCUCCCAUUCUGUGGGUUGUCUUUUCAUCUUGUUUAUGGCUUCCUUUGCUGUGCAAAAGUUUUUAAGUUUAGUUAGGUCCCAUUUGCUUAUUUGUUUUUAAUUUUCAUUACUCUAGGAGGUGGGUCAUAAAAGAUCUUGCUGUGAUUUAUGUCAAAGAGUGUUUUUCCUAUGUUUUUCUCUAAGAGUUUUAUAGUGUCCGGUCUUACAUUUAGGUCUUUAAUCCAUUUUGAGUUUAUUUUUGUGUAUGGUGUCAGGUAGUGUUCUAAUUUCAUUCAUUUACAUGUAGUCCAGUUUUCCCAGCACUAUUUACUGAAGAGGCUGUCUUUUCUCCAUUGUAUAUGCUUGGCUCCUUUGUCAUAGAUUAGGUGACCAUAGGUGUGUGGGUUUAUCUCUGGGCUUUCUAUCCUGUUCCAUUGAUCUAUAUUUCUGUUUUUGUGCCAGUACCAUAUUGUCUUGUUUACUGUAGCUUUGUAGUAUAGUCUGAAGUUAGAGAAUGUGAUUCCUCCAGCUCCGUUUUUCUUUCUCAAGAUUGCUUUGGCUAUUCGGGUCUAUUGGGCCUCCAUACAAAUUGUAAAAUUUUUUGUUCUAAUUCUGUGAAAAAUGCCAUUGGUAAUUUGAUAGGGAUUGCAUUGAACCUGUAGAUUGUUUUGGGUAGUGUAGUCAUUUGCACCUUAUUGAUUCUUCCAAUCCAGGAGCAUGGUAUAUCUCUCCAUCUGUUUGUGUCAUCUUUGAUUUCUUUCAUCAGUGUUUUGUAGUUUUCUGAGUACAGGUCUUUUGCGUCCUUAGGUAGGUUUAUUCCUAAGUACUUUAUUUUUUUUGUUGCCAUGGUAAAUGGUAUUAUUUCCUUAAUUUCUCUUUCUGGUAUUUUGUUGUUAGUGUAGAGGAAUGCAAGAGAUUUCUGUGCAUUAAUUUUGUAUCCUGCAACCUUACCAAAUUCAUUGAUUAGUUCUAGUAGUUUUCUGCUUUCAUCUUUGGGAUUUUCUGUAUAUAUUAUCAUGUCAUCUGCGAACAGUGACAGUUUUACUUCUUCUUUUCCAAUUUGUAUUCCUUUUAUUCUUUUUCUUCUCUGGUUGCCGUGGCUAGGACUUCCAAAACUAUGUUGAAUAAUAGUGGUGAGAGUGGCCAACCUUGUCUUGUUCCUGAUCUUAGAGGAAAUGCUUUCAGUUUUUCACCAUUGAGAAUGAUGUUUGCUGUGGGUUUGUCGUAUAUGGCCUUUAUUAUGUUGAGGUAGGUUCCCUCUAUGCCCACUUUCUGGACAGUUUUCAUCAUAAAUGGGUGUUGAAUUUUGUCGAAAGCUUUUUCUGCAUCUGUUGAGAUGAUCAUAUGGUUUUUCUUUAAUUUGUUAAUAUGGUGUAUCACGUUGAUUGAUUUGUAUAUAUUGAAGAAUCCUUAUAUCCCUGGGAUAAAUCCCACUUGAUCAUGGUGUAUGGUCUUUUUAAUGUGCUGUUGGAUUCUGUUUGCUAGUAUUUUGUUGAGGAUUUUUGCAUCUAUGUUCAUCAGUGGUAUUGGUCUGUAAUUUUCAUUUUUUGUAGUAUCUUUGUCUGGUUUUGGUAUCAGGGUGAUGGUGGCCUCACAGAACAAGUUUGGAGUGUUCCCUCCUCUGUAGUUUUUUGGAAGAGUUUGAGAAGGAUAGGUGUUAGCUCUUCUCCAAAUGUUUGAUAGAAUUCGCCUGUGAAGCCAUCAGGUCCUGGACUUUUGUUUGUUGGAAGAUAUUUUUAAUCACAGUUUCAAUUUCAUUACUUGUGAUUGAUCUGUUCAUAUUUUCGGUUUCUUCCUGGUUCAGUCUUGGAUGGUUGUACUUUUCUAAGAAUUUGUCCAUUUCUUCCAGGUUGUCCAUCUUAUUGUCAUAUAGUUGCUUGUAGAAGUCUCUUAUGAUCCUUUGUAUUUCUGCAGUAAGAGUUGUGAUUUUUCCUUUUUAAUUUCUAAUUUUAUUGAUUUGACUCCUCUCCCUUUUUUUCUUGAUGAGUCUGGCUAAAGGCUUAUCUAAUUUUGUUUAUCUUCUCAAAGAACCAACUUUUAAUUUUAUUGACCUUUGCUGUUGUUUUCUUUUCUGUUUCAUUUAUUUCUGCUCUGAUCUUUAUGGUUUCUUUCCUUCUACUAACUUCAGGUUUUCUUUGUUCUUCUUUUUCUAGUUGCUUUAGGUGUAAGGUUAGAUUGUUUAUUUGAGAUUUUUCUUGUUUCUUGAGGUGAGCUUGGAUUGCUAUAAACUUCCCUCUUAGAACUGUUUUUGCUGUGUCCCAUAGGUUUUGGAUCAUCGUGUUUUCAUUGUCAUUUGUUUCUAGGUAUUUUUUUAUUUCUUCUUUGAUUUCUUCAGUGUUCUCUUGGUUAUUUAGCAGCACACUGCUUAGCCUCCAUGUGUUUGUGUUUUUUUACAGUUUUUUUCCUGUAAUUGAUUUCUAAUCUCAUAGCGUUUUGAUCAGAAAAGAUGCUUGAUAUGAUUUCAAUUUUCUUAAAUUUUCCAAGGUUUGAUUUGUGACCCAAGAUGUGAUCUGUCCUGGAGAAUGUUCUGUGUGCACUCGAGAAGAAAGUGUAUUCUUCUGCUUUCGGGUGGAAUGUCCUAUAAAUAUCAAUUAAGUCCAUCUGGUCUGUUGUGUCAUUUAAAGCUUGUGUUUCCUUAUUUAUUUUCUGUCUGGAUGAUCUGUCCAUUGGUGUAAGUGGGGUGUUGAAGUCUCCCACUAUUAUUGUGUUACUGUCGAUUUCCCUUUUUAUGGCUGUUAGCAUUUGCCUUAUGUAUUGAGGUGCUCCUGUGUUGGGUGCAUAAAUACUUACAAUUGUUACGUUUUCUUCUUGGAUUGAUCCCUUGAUCAUUAUGUAGUGUCCUUCCUUAUCUCUUGUAACAGUUUUUAUUUUUAAAGUCUAUUUUAUUUGAUAUGGGUAUUGCUACUCCAGCUUUCUUGUGAUUUCCUUUUGAUAGAAUAUCUUUUCCCAUCCCCUCACUUUCAGUCUAUGUGUCCCUAGGUCUGAAGUGGGUCUCUUGCAGAUGGCAUAUAUAGGGGUCUUGUUUUUGUAUCCAUUCAGCCAGUCUGUGCCUUUUGGUUGGAGCAUUUAAUCCAUUUAACUUCAAGGUGGUUAUCAAUAUGUAUGUUCCUGUUACCAUUUUCUCAAUUGAUUUGGGUUUGUUUUUGUGGGUCUUUUUCUUCUCUUGUGUUUCUUGCCUAGAAAGGUUCCUUUAGCAGUUGUUGUAAAGCUGGUUUGGUGGUGCUUAAUUCUCUUAACUUUUGCUUGUCUGUAAAAGUUUUAAUUUCUCCAUCGAAUCUGAAUGAGAUCCUUGCUGGGUAGAGUAAUCUUGGUUGUUGUAGGUUUUUCCCUUUCAUCACUUUAAAUAUGUCCUGCCACUCCCUUCUGGCCUGCAGCGUUUCUGCUGAAAGAUCAGCUGAUAACCUUAUGGGGAUUCCCUUGUAUGUUAUUUGUUGCUUUUCCCUUGCUGCUUUUAAUAUUUUUUCUUUGAAUUUAAUAUUUGUUAGUUCUAUCAGCAUGUGUCUUGGCGUGUUUCUCCUAGGGUUUAUCCUGUAUGGGACUCUUCUGUGCUUCCUGGACUUGGGUGGCUAUUUCCUUUCCCAUGUUAGGGAAGUUUUUGACUAUAAUCUCUUCAAAUAUUUUCUCAGACCCCUUCUCUUUCUCUUCUUCUUCUGGGACCCCUAUAAUUCAGAUGUUGGUGCCUUUAGUGUUGCCCCAGAGGUCUCUGAGACUGUCCUCAAUUCUUUUCAUUCUUUUGUCUUUAUUCUGCUUCUCGGCAGUUACUUCCACCGUUCCAUCUUCCAGCUCAAUUAUUCGUUCUUCUGCCUCAGGUAUUGUGCUGUUGAUUCCUUCUAGUGUAUUUUUCAUUUCAGUUAUUGUAUUAUUCAUCUCUGUUUGUUGGUUCUUUAGUUCUUCUGGAUCCUUGUUAAACAUUUCUUGUAUUUUCUUGAUCCGUGCCUCCAUUUUAUUUCCGAGAUUUUGAAUCGUCUUUACUAUCAUUACUCUGAAUUCUUAUUCAGGUAGGUUGCAUAUUUCCUAUUCAUUUAUUUGGUCUUGUAGGUUUUUACCUUGCUCCUUCAUCUGUAACAUAUUUUUUUGUCGUCUCAUUUUUUUUUUUUUGAUGGAUGGGGCUGUAUUCCUGUCUUACUGGUUAUUUGGCCUGAGACAUCCCACCCACACUGGAGUUUGCAGGCAAUUGGGCAGAGCUUGGCCUUGGUGCUGAGAUGAGGACCUCCAGGAGACCUCAUUCCAAUUAAUAUUCCCUGGGGUCUGAGCUUCUCUGUUAGUCCAGUGGUUUGGACUCAGCGCUCCCACCAUAGGAGCUCGGGCCCAAGUCCCAGCCUGGGAACCAGGAUCCCACAAGCCGGGCAGCGUGGCAAAAGAAAAGAGAAGAAAAAAAAAAAAGGAGUAGUACAAUAACAAAGAAUAAGAAAUAAAAUAAACUUAGAAAAAUAUAUUAGGAAAAAUAAUAAGUGAAACAAUUCCAACAAGGUAAAACAGAUCCACAACAGAAAAAAGAAAAGAAAAAAAGCAGAACAAUAA